CGUGUUAUCACGCUGCGUAUUGGCUCGGGCCAGACCCACGUUUUCAAUCCACGUGUUGAGCUCAACGUCAACACGCUACGGGAUCGGGGGCAGCGAAGGUGAUGACUAGGGGUGUGAGGAUAUCACGGCUGGGGCCAUGAUAUCUCCCCGAUGUCAUGGUCCCCUCUUCUGCUUUCGUUGCGUCUUCUGGCUUCCCCUGGGCCGCGCACGUGCCUCUGGCCAUGAUUUGCGAACCUCCCUCUUGGAUGCCGCCCUUUUGGACACCCCCGAGUUUCGGCCGCGAAGUCCGAACUUGAUGCUUGCUGGAGGUCUGAGGUUGCACCGCAUCUGGAGAGCAUUCAGACCCCCUGACCGGCUCCAAAUCCGAACCCUACCCUGUCCGAUUAACGACCCAGGUAACUCGAUGGGUGGCGUGGGUAGGUUUCUGAAUUUCUCGAUCACGUGGCGAAAUCCGUACCCUACCACCGCCUCGCAGCGGUUCGGAAGAAUCGAUGGUUGUGGGGGUAGGGUUCGGAUGUCGCCACCUAGGGUUGGGCUCCGGAGGUGCUGGGCGCUCGCAUGGGGCCGCUCGAGAUCGUCGCCUGCGGUACCAUGCUUCUGCCAGUGCUGGCCGUAGUCGGGGCCGGCGUGGGCGUCGUGGCCGGCCUGAUGGUGGGGCUGACCCUGGGCGUCGCGGCCGCGCCCCUGACGCUCGGGUUCUCGAUGGUGUUGAGCCCCAUGUCGUGGAUCUGGCUGGGGGCAGCGCUGGGAGCGUUCGGGGCCUGCACAUGCGGCGCGAGGCUGUGCGUGCUGUGGGUCGAGAACGCCCUCCUCUACCACCCGAGGCCGUACUAUGACGGGGACCCCGAGGAGGGCGUGCUCUACUUGGGGGGCGAGCCCUACGAGCUCGAGUGGGUGUGCUGCCCGCUGCCCGUACCGCGGGGGCCAGGGGGCCAGCCAGGCGGGGCCAGCCCAGCGCCGGAGCUGCACCGCAGCUUGCUGCUGCGGCCGCAGAAGUGGGGCGCGUCGGUCAUGUGGGUUGUGUUCGGCGGCAACGCGAUGCUCGCCAGCGAUUGGUACCCCUUCUGCAACCAGCUGUGCAGGCUGCAGGGGCGCCGCGGCGGCGCCAGCGCCGCCUUCCUGCUCUUCGACUUCCCCGGCUACGGCGGCAACCCUGGGAGGACCUCGCCAGCCGCCACGUUGACCGCGUCGCUCUGCUCUCUGCGUGCGGCGCUGGCGCGCUUCGAUGCCGGACCGCCAGAGGUCAACCUGCUGGGGCACAGUCUCGGCGCCGCUGCGGCCGCGCAGCUGGCCGCGCACCUGGCCAUCACGGGCGCGCCCGCUGGGAGGCUGGUGCUCUCCGCGCCGUUUACCAGCAUCCCGCACGUGGCGGUGCACCUGCUGCAGCGCGCGGCGGGCUUCGUGUGGCAGAGGGCGGCGCCGCCCCGGCUCAGGAGGCCCUGCUCGGCGACCGCCCGCACGGACCUCUCCAGGCGGCUGGGGCGGCCGCCCGCGGGCUUCUGGUCGCGGGGCUUGCCGCGGUCACGCCCCACCGCUGGGGCAACGUCGCGCCCGUGCGUGCGGCCGCCCGCGCGGGCUGGCAGGUGGGCAUCAUCCACGGCGAGAAGGACCUGCUGGUGCCGGCCGGCAUGGGCCGCGAGCUUCACGACGCGGCGAGCGCGGCCGCCCUCGACGCUGCCCCCCGUGGGCGGCUCGGCGGCCCCGCGCGGCUCGUGCUGCUCAAUGGGAGGUCCCCCGCAGCGGCGGAGGCUUCGGCGGCGAGUCCGCUCUGUGGCUUCGUGGAGGUGCCCGGAGCGCACCACGGCAACUCGCUGCUGCUCGGCGCCGCCAGUUGUGCAGAGCUCAUGGGCCUCGUGUGAGGUGGCAGGAUCGGCGCGCUGGUUGAUCCAGGUCCUUCUACGAAGCUGCAGUCAUUUAGAUUUUCCCAGGCCUCAUAUACAGCUGCCUUGGCUGCUAAGGCACCCCUGCUUGUAGUUUUUUAGCGAGAAUAUUGGUAAUUGCACAGCCAAGCAAACACAACAUGUCCACCUGCCAUGAGGAAUUCUCACGCAGGUCACAGGCUGACACCUGCUCUGCCCCAGUGCGCAAUCGCAGCACAAUGUGUAAAACACCAUUCGGCUUGUUCCUGCACCGUCUAGAUGCAGCUGCUUCCCACCCUUCUUGCCAGGAUCGCCACCACCCUGCGACUGGAUGUCUUCCUGUGGUGCGCGACAGUAAAAAGAAGAGGCGCGGGUGGGAGGGCCAGGAAGGCAUGACGAUCUCCUUUUCGGAUGGUUGCCCA